CGACGACCGGUCAGAAUCAGCCGUAUGCCAAUUUCGUGCAGCUUUCCGGCCACCAGCGCAACAACGUUUACAUUCUAUUACUCGACCACUCGCGCAUCCACGAUGUCGUCAAGGCCUGCUGCAGGCAUUGUACAAUCACGACCGACCCCUCAAGCCCCGAGGCCGUCGGCGACUGCCAUCGUCGUUAACUCUCAGAACGAGGUGUUGCUUGUCCACAGAAAUCCCAAGUCGUCGUCGUUUGCUAACGCACAUGUGUUUCCGGGAGGAAAUUACGACAAGAAGCAAGACGAAGGCCAAGGACUGCCGUUUACCGCAAUUCGAGAAGUCUUCGAGGAAUCCGGCCUCCUUCUGGUCCAUCCCUCUAGCUCCGGCUUGCCUAUUGACGCGGAGCUGGACAAAGCUCGCGAGGCCAUCCACGCCCAGAAGCGUCUCUUGAACGAUUUCUUGAUUGAACAUGAUCUCAAACCUAAUGUUGAGGGUCUUUUGCCCUUCACCACGUGGAUUACGCCGCCAAUCUAUCCCAGGCGAUUCCGGACACAGUUUUAUGUCACAUUCUUAGAUGAGACACGUUCAGCGGGAUUCUCGUCUGGGGACAAGCAAGAACGUCUUCCCACCCCUGACGGCGGACAAGAGGUCAUCGAGGCGCGCUUUGUGCAUCCUACAAAGGCACUCGAGGAGUUCUAUUCUGAGCGCAUCACACUCUUCCCACCGCAAUUCUACCUCUUGACAACCUUGUCCAGCCUCCUCGAGGGGCCGCGCAACACUCCGGAACAGCGCGAGCGCGUUCGGGCGCUAUCGAACGGAGCCUUCGGGCAGAUGGUCAUCAAUCCCCGCGUAAUCCGCGACAAGGAUGCCGAGGCGGAGGGUUACAAGGUCAUUACAUACGAGGGGGACGAAGCGAAUGGAGGCUCACCUGGCCGACGUCACCGAUGCCGACUGAAGUUUGGUCAAGGAGGGUCUGCCACGUACAUUACUCUCGAGCGCAACUUCGACAUAUUCACUGAGAUAGAGAGCCAUCUAUUCUCCGCGCCUGCCAAGCUCUGACAUAUCUCGCAUGGAUUGUACGCUACCUCUC